GAAACACUAGCAUUAAUUCUCUCACACGCCCGAGUCCAUCGUGCUGGAGCAUGCCUACUCGUAUGUUUAAAAACAUUGGAAACCACUUCUUCACUGCACUAAAGCCAUGGCGAGCCAGCAAGUAGCAGUACUUAGCCUUCUGCUGGUGAAGGUCGUGUGCGGCGGCGUGGUGAGUGAUACGGAGAGGCAGGAGACACUGCUGGAGUGCGGAGACACUUUCACCCUCGACUUCACCAACAGCUGGCCUGAGGUCCGCUGUUCUUCACCCUGCUCUGAUGUACACACGUUGACCGCUGGGCCGGUGUUCAGGCGUGAGGCUCGUCUGGAGCAGUAUGGUUUGAUGGUGAAGCAGGAGUACGGUAAGGACGGCGGACUGACUUGCUCCCUCGUCAAUGACAUAACAGAUAUGGACGAACUACAGUCAUCUCUUCAGGCUGAGGCUUGUACUUCAGUGACACCUUCCAUCACCACCACCAUCACCACUCCUGAGGAUCCUUCCGGAGUAACUGGCUCAACCACCACCACUCCUGAGGGUCCUACUGGAGUGACUGGCUCAACCACCACCACUCCUGAGGGUCCUACCGGAGUAACUGGCUCAACCACCACCACUCCUGAGGGUCCUACCGGAGUGACUGGCUCAACCACCACAACUCCUGAGGGUCCUACCGGAGUGACUGACUCAACCAUCACCACUCUUGAGGGUCCUAUCGGAGUAACUAGCUCAACCACCACCACUCCUGAGGGUCCUACCGGAGUAACUGGCUCAACCACCACAAGUCCUGGGGGCACUACCGAGGUUAGCAUCUCCGAGAGCACCAUCACUGAGCCGGGAAGUUCCAUUUCAACUGUCACAGUAGAAUCGACGCCUCUAAUUGGAUGUGAAACUGGCAUUAAAACCCCAACCACAGUGACUCCCACCUCUACUGAGUCACAGUGGGUUUGUGAGAAUGGAUGGUCGUUCUAUGAGUCAUCAUGUUACAAAGUCGAUGAGACUGUUAAACUCGAUUGGCUGCAAGGUCAAAUAUACUGCAAUGAUGAUAAUGCAGAAUACGUCCAGAUCACAUCUAGUGAUGAAGCUCGGUUCCUCAAAGAUAUCCUUACCAGUGAUGCGUGGAUUGGUCUUAAUGACAAAACCACCGAAGGGAACUAUGUGUGGACGGAUGGAUCGCCAGCAACAUUCACUCAAUGGUUCAACGGAGAACCGAACAACGUGAAGAAUGAGGACUGCACAGAGAUGAGAAAAUCAAUGGACUUCUGGUGGAACGACUCCUCUUGCAACAACAAAAAAAGUCCGUUGUGUGAAAAACCAGCCACUAAGUUGGUUAGUUAAUUAGUGAUUGCAUUGGGAGUCUGCAUGUGGCCUUCUCUUCCACCUGGCUCAUCCAUCGCCAUUUGACAUCACAGAGGAAAAGAAGAAAGAAAAGAAAGCAUCAUAACCUGUCCAAUGACUUUCAAUGUCAAUCAUCAUGAAGUCUAUAAUGCAAGGGCUUCAUGUAUAAUAUCAUGAAAACGUUAUAGCUAUCUCACGAAUAAAAAGUUAGUCUGAGGA